AAAUACACAAACAAAUUUGGAAACGAUGAUCCACAGAUAAAGUUACAGAGCAAAUAAAUGUUACAAGUAGCAAUGUCGUUUAUUAUUGAAUUCAUUUAGAGGAAAAUUCUGAAAUAAUCCUAAACUGAAUAAUCAAUUGAUCAAACCACCAGCAACGAUUGUUUUUGGUGUUCUGAAAGCUUCAAUGUUGAAAGAAAACAAAAAGAAUCAAAGUAUUCCUCGAGUUUUAAGGAAUUCGGAUAAUAAAGAAAGUAUGAUAUUUGAUACGUAUCCUUGUAAAUUAAAGGAUAUUUCACUCCCACCAGGUCAAGGAUCCUAUGAAAUACCAAUAAUGGCCAAUGUGUUGGUUGGAGAAAAAAUUCUGAAUAUUUUUGGCUUACAUACCAAGAAUUUAUGAAACGAGCAAAGCAUUUUGGUGCCGGAUUGGAAAAAAUAGGAAUAAAUCUUGGACAAUCCACUCGGAUUGGCAUUCAUGCAACAAACUCAGUACAAUGGUUGAUAGCUCAAUACGGCUGUUUUUAUUAUUCAUCUUCUGCUGUUCCUCUGUAUGACACCAUUGGUCCUGAAGCCAGAACUUUUAUGAUUAAUAAUGCUGAAAUAUCAGUAGUUGUAUGUGACCACGAGAAAACAGUCAAGGCGUUGUUGGAAAAAAGUGAUGCAACUCCUGAUUUGAAGCACAUUGUAUAUAUGAAGGAUAUUAGCGACGAGUUAAAGGCAAUGGGGAAAAAAAGAGAAAUUGCUUUGCAUCUAUUUUCAGAAGUUGAAGAAUUAGGAAAAAGCUGUCCUCUCCCCAUAAGGCCUGCAAGACCUGAAGAUGUCGCAUUAGUGUGCUAUACGAGUGGAACAACUGGCGAUCCCAAAGGUGUUAUUUUGACACAAGCAAAUAUUAUAGCUGGAAUUAGUGGCUUAUUUGAUAUCAUGGGUGAAGACCUUUUACCGAAAACAGAUGAUGUUUCCAUAUCUUAUUUACCUCUUGCACAUGUGUAUGAACAAUUAGUUCAGAUGUUUUUGUUCAUGGGUGGAGGCAGCGUUGGCUUUUACAGUGGUGAUGUUUCUUUGCUAACAGAAGAUAUGAAAAUCUUAAAACCAACAAUAUUCGCUGCUGUACCCAGAGUACUGUGCAAGAUAUACGACAAGGUGGAAUCUCAAAUUAAAAAGUUGAAGGAAAAAGCUAUGACAAAUGGUACUACAGACCCUGAUUCAACAAAUAAUAAUAACAGGUAAUGACUA